GUUCCCUAUGUCCGCUCUAUAUAUACCUAUAUAUUUAAGUCUCUUUGGAACAGUCAUUAUUGAAUUAUUUGUCAAAUCAUUGGUAAAUAUUGCUUUCAGUUUAUGCAAUAACUUCAAAUGGAAGAUAUUAACAAAAACCGCUUUAUUGGAACUUCAAAAGAAAAAUUUUUCUAUCACAAUACUUUAUUAUGUUUGGUUCAAUCACUUCAAGGACAAAACAUUACCGUAGAUCUUCGUAAUGAUUCAUAUGUUUGUGGGACUGUCGUUUCUGUUGAUGGGUAAGUUCAAUUGUUUUCAUUUUCUCCUACAUAUGUUUAAAGUACAGUGUAAAUUCUAUAUAGCUACACUGAAGGGACUCCAAUGUUUUUAUUGAAAGAUGUUAAUUGCAACGAAGAAAAAUCAAUAUUAUUUUACUAUUAUAAUAUAAUUUUCUAAUAAAGUGUAAAAUAUAAAAAAACAAACAUUAAUAUUGAUACAAAUUGAGGUAGCAAACAUUUAUGAAUGAAAAAUAGAAAAACUAGUUAUUAAAGUAGACAAUUAUUAGGUUAAAUAGGUACGUAGGCCUUUUUGUUAAAUAAUCUGGUUCCCUGACAUGACACCUUACUAAGGUUGACAAAAUGUUUGGCUUUGAUAAUCUAUAAUAUAAAAAUGAAUCGCUAAAUGUGUUGCUAAGCGCAAAUCUCGAGAGCAGCUUAACCGAUUUCGCCAAUUCUUUUUUUAUAAUAUUCCUUGAAGUACGGAGAUGGUUCUUACGGAGAGAAAAAUUUAAAAAAUUGCCUGUAAAGUCUAAAAACAACACUUUUCUAUAUUCCCAUACAAAGGAUUCGUAAUAAUACUAAUAUUCGUAAUAAUUCGUAAUUUUUCGCAGGUAGGAGUUGAUUAAGUUAGACAUAUUUUAAUACACUGAAAUCUUUAAUUUGUAUAAUAUUAUAUCUAGGGACUAUUUAAUAUAAAUUUAAUGUUCCUGUGAUAUAUAAACUCCUGCCAGUCAAGUCUGAAAUAUAUUUAGAAUAACUUGAACUCUUUAGCACAUUCACUUCACUACCACAUUGUUAUAACCUUAAAAACAAAUGGAGUCAAUUAAGAAAACUGUUGCGGACCUCACUGAACAUUUCAAUUUAAGGAUGGCUGAGUUCCAAAAAGAUCUCAGGAUUCAAUUCCAGCAACAAGCCCCACUUCAAAUAUUAAUCACCAAUUUCAUUCAUUCCGGUGCUUUGUUUUAACUGCUUUAGAAAAUUUGCAACUGCAAGUUGAACUAUUAGCUCAACAAAAUGAUAACAUGGAGAUGAGAUCUCGAAGAAAAAUCCUGCUUGUUCAUGGUAUAGCCGAAGACAAGAAAGAGAACACAUCCUCUAGUGUUGUCAAGAUUCUAUCUGACCACUUGAAAGUCCCUGGUAUUACCACUGAUUCAAUAGGCCGGUCACAUCGUCUUGGUCAACCUGGCACUGAUAAACCCCGGGCUGUGCUUGUAGAAUUUAGAGACUAUGGGACAAAAGAGAAGAUAUGGCUUGCAAAGAAAAAUUUGAAAGGCACAGGGAUUACAUUGUCCGAAUUUCUUACAAAGGGUCGACAUACUACAUUCCAAGCGGCGCGCCAACGUUUUGGAGUUUCAAGGUGUUGGACGAGGAAUGGCAUCAUCUUCGUACUAGGACCUGAUCAAGUACGCCAUCGUAUCCAUUCUAGGCUUGAUCUUGAUGCUAUUUCGACCUCUGAAUCGGUGACUCAAGCCACAUCUGCUGUAACCUCGGUUCCAAGUGUGGUGAAAGACUCCAGGUCUGCUCAAGUAAGAACCAAGAGAAUUGGUAAAAAAUGAAUCCUUUUUUUUGAGCUGGUUAAAUCUGUUGUAUCUCCUGCGACUACCGUAUUUUUGGUUUGUUUACAUUCUUCUAUUGUAAAAAUUUCUAAUUUAUUUUUAUUAAUAUAUAUCACCAUUUUUCUUUUAUAUUUUCGAUGUGAGGUAGUUGGUAGUAGGAGAGAGGGAAAGAAAAAAAAAGCAUUUCAAUGUAAACAAACAAUAAGUGAAUUGACAUGACAUUGGAUAACAGUUGCACAUUUUUAUUUCUUUCUUCGGCGUAGGCAAAGGUCUCAUGGUCAUACAGCCGUACCUUAUGGUAUUUUUGCCUUCUACAUUUCAUGUUUUUGUUUUUUUUUUUCUCUUUUCUUAUCACAAAGCAACAUUUCUAUAACAGUUCUCUUUGUGCUUAUUACAUAUUUUUAUUUGUAAAAUGCUAUUUGUUUACAGUUUUUGGUAGUUUUGUUUUGUUUAAAAAUUGUCUCUUUUUAUUUCAGUUAUUCUGAAACAUCUAUUAUUAUUAUUAUUAUUUUUGUUUCAUCUCUUUCAGACUGCUGGCGGGAUAGAGAUCUGUUUAGAUUUAUGAACAUCUCGUUUUCUCAUGCUGUAUACUGUGAUACAAAAGGAAAUGAGUUCUCUUUUGAAAAUCUGUUUGUGCAAGCACGUAAUAUCAGAUACGUUCACAUACCGGAAAAUAUAUCAAUAUUGGGUAAUAUUAAGGAAGCAGUGAAGAAAGAUUUUAAGAAGAAAUCAUUUGAAACAUCCUCUGUUAAGAAGUCCAGAAAGGCUAAAAAGGCACUUAAACAACAUAUGCAGAUUGUAGCAUCACUGGAAAAUACAAAAUAAGUCAACUUUUUGAAACUAACAGGGAAAUAAAAAUUUAUGUUUUGUAAAAUAUUAUAUUCUAACAUCAAUUUUAUAAAAUUAAAACUUAUUUC